AUGCCAUGGAGUAGUACAAGGUCUUUUCCGCAUCCUCUGGCAAAUAUGAAGUAUUCGACGACCGAACCGAAAAUAGCUAACUAUAUUUCCUAUGGUGUUGUUGAAUGGAUGACGUGGCAAGGUCUUGGUGAUAUCAUUAACGAGUGGAGAGCCUCACUCGAUUUAGAACCAAUACCGCUUACGGAGGGGCCUUAUCUAGCGGAAACCCUCAAAGUGCCUUUUACUUACUGCUGGUCUCCGAGUCUUAUGCCUAAACCAUUAGACUGGCCGUCAUAUAUCGAUGUCUGCGGUUUUUUCUUCCGGUCUGUUCCAGAUUAUUCGCCGCCGGCUGAACUCGAUUCAUUCCUUCGACACGGUAGUCGCCCGGUAUACAUUGGUUUUGGUAGCAUCGUUAUAGAUGACCCGGCUGCUAUGACUACUAUGAUUCUACAGGCCGUCAAGUCACUAGGUGUUCGCGCAAUCAUAUCUCGUGGUUGGAGUAAGCUUGGAAGCAAGGAGGCCUCUUCGGACGAUCAGAUCUUCUAUCUUGACGAUUGCCCGCAUGAAUGGCUGUUCCAACAUGUUGACGCCGUUGUUCACCACGGCGGUGCAGGAACCACAGCUUGUGGUCUGCGUUUUGGAAGGUCUACCGUUAUUAUACCCUUCUUCGGAGAUCAACUAUUCUGGGGAAACAUGGUCGCAUCUCGAGGGCUUGGACCAAAGCCUAUACCACAUCGAUCUUUGAAUGCACAAAAUCUAGCUGAAGCUAUCCAGUUUUGUCUACACCCAGGCGCACAGGCUGCUGCACAAGAUGUCGCAAACCAGAUGAGCCAUGAAUCUGGGGUCGCGGCGGCAGUCGCCUCUUUUCAUCGCAACCUGCCAUUUGAUAAUAUGCGAUGUCAGCUUCUUACCUCAGAACCCGCAGUGUGGCGGCUCAAGAAAUCAUCUAAACCCUCACUGUAUUUAUCGAAAAUUGCUGCGGAAAUCUUACUAGAAUACUACCGCAUCAAGUUGACUGAUCUUCAUCUCCACAAAAUCCGCCCAAUACACAUCCAGAAUCGACGGUGGGAUCCGGUGACAGGUAUCACUUCCUCACUUAUUGGUACCGGCACCGAUGUUCUCCAGGUAUCAAGCGAUAUCUUCUACCGUCCGUAUCAAGACUUUCGUCGCGCUGCUCAUUCGAAAGUUAAUAUUCCGGAAUCCUCCUCUCGAGCCUCGAGCAUCGAAUCCCCAAUAGCUACAUCCGUGGAUUUUCCGAACGGCAAAAACGAUUCGAAGUUGAGAUCUAUAGGCUUGACACUUAAAGGAUCAGCGAAGAGUGCCGGGAAGAUGGUUGGCUUUUGGUAUAAAGGCAUGCUGAUAGAUAUGCCUUUAGCAGUGAGUGAUGGACGAAGGGCUGUGCCGCGUCUAUAUGGUGAUGAGGUGAAGGAUCACGGCAUUAUCCGGGAUUGGAAAUCAGGAGCUACCUUUGCCGGAAAGAACUUUACUCAUGGCAUGACGGAAGGUCUAACCGACAUCUUUACUCAGCCUUACAAAGGAGGCCGGGAAGAGGGAGCAAAGGACGUUGUGAAAGGCAUUGCAAAGGGAACUCUCGGAGUCACCACCAAGGUGUCGUCAGCGGCACUGGGAUUGGUGGCAUAUCCUGCCCAUGGUAUGAUAAAAAGCUUGUAUACGGCAACGCAUUCCAAAACGAGGAAACGCAUUAUUCAGGCGAGAGCUAAAGAAGGGAAGUAUUUGGCGGAAUCAUCGAAGGGACAGGUACAUCGCCAGUCUAUCAUUCGGGGAUUCGAGGAUCACCAACGCCAGCCUACCUAUACACGCAGCUCACCACCUGUUUGA